ACCUACGGGGGGGAAAAGAGAGAGAAAAAAAGAAGGAGUUUCAUCGAUCAGCGCUCUCGGUCCUCACUCUCGUCCCACGGCAGGACGCUGAGGCUGACUGGAUGACUGGGAUCCGUCAGCUGAUGAUAGAAGCGACUGAAAUUUGCCCCGUUAAACAGCCGCUCACGGCCAUACCCCCGACGCGGACAUGGCUUUUCUCGCUCUAUCGGCCGCACUUUUGGCUGCGAUCGGCGGCUGUUCCUGCAGCAGCGUCCCCUCAUUCAUCCCACCGUUCACCGACUGCGUCCGGAGCCGUGGAAAGGACGGGUUCUACCGGGGCGCGAUAGACGUCACCGAGUCCGGGACGCGGUGCAUGAACUGGACCGAAGUGGCCGGCUUCAGGGAGCGCUACCCGGGUAAAGGAAUAGGAGAGCACAACCACUGCCGCAACCCGGACGGCAGGAUCCGACCCUGGUGCUUUUUUAGGAACCACAAAGGCAGAAUAGACUGGGGGUACUGCGACUGUAAACAAGGCGCAGUGCGUCUUCAGGGAGGCCGCUCCAAGCUCGACGGCAGGGUGGAGGUGUACCUGGGAGGCGUGUGGGGAUCAGUGUGUAGCGAUUACUGGGGGGACGAGGAUGCUGCAGUGGUUUGCAGACAGCUGGGCAAAGGAGUGUCGGGUCGCGCUCGUGCAGUUCCUCUCUUUCGGCCGGGCAUGGCCAAGCUGCACUGGAUGGCCGUCCACUGCCAGGGAGAGGAGGCAGACCUGCUCCAGUGUCCCACGACUACUUGGAAUGGAGAGGAAUGUCCUCUGGCUGCAGCCGUCACCUGCACCCAACAGCAAGCAGCUGUGACCCUGCCUAUACGGUUGGUUGGAGGUCGGUCCAGGUCAGAGGGCACGGUGGAAGUUUUACACGCGGGGCAGUGGGGCUCCAUAUGCGAUGACCAGUGGGAUGACAGUGAUGCAGAGGUGGUGUGUCGACAGCUGGGGCUGAGCGGUGUUGCAAGGGCAUGGGGCCAGGCACAUUUUGGCAAGUGUUCUGGCCGCGUGUGGUUGGACGAGGUGCGUUGCACGGGCAACGAGCUCACUCUGGAGCAGUGUCCAAAAAGCGCUUGGGGAGAGCACAACUGCCUGCACUCUGAGGACGCGGGCGUGUCCUGCAACCCUCUUACAGAUGGUAGCACUAGGUUGGUCGGGGGGGCAGGAAGCCACGUGGGCCGCUUAGAAAUCUUCUACCGUGGUCAGUGGGGGACAGUGUGUGAUGAUGGCUGGACAGACUCCAACACGCAAGUGGUGUGUCGCCAGCUCGGUUACCGGUCAGGCGAAACUCUACUUUCGGAGGGGCUCGACAUCACCCCAGUGCCGCGCUUCGGGGUGGGGUCAGGCCCUAUUCUUUUGGAUGAUGUGAGCUGCACGGGGAAAGAACCCAGCUUGACUAUGUGCAACAGGAGGGAGUGGCUCCGUCAUGACUGCACACACCAUGAAGAUGUUAACAUCGCCUGCAGCCCUGAGCGCAGUGGAGAGAGUCUUCCAACUAGUGUGCCAGUAAGGCUUGUGGGAGGGGAGAGCCCCAGGGAAGGACGUGUUGAGCUUUAUCUGUCCGGCCAGUGGGGGACGGUCUGUGACGAUGGAUGGACGGAUCAUGAUGCUGACGUGGUGUGUCGGCAGUUGGGCUACAGUGGCGUCGCAAAGGCUCGCGUCAUGGCCUACUUCGGGGAAGGGACGGGGCCCAUCCACGUGGACAACGUGAAGUGUAGCGGCGAGGAGCGCUCGCUGGCCGACUGCAUCAAGCAGGUGCCCGGCAUGCACAACUGCCGCCACAGCGAGGACGCCGGGGUCAUUUGUGAUUACGGCGAAUCGCAGCCCGGCAACAAAGAGGUCAAAGAUCCUUUCAGCUCAAUUUGCGGUCUGCGGCUCAUACACACACGUCAGCGUCGGAUUAUAGGAGGAGAAAACUCUCUGAGGGGAGGCUGGCCGUGGCAGGCUGCCAUCCGUCUGAGAGGAUCUCGAGGAGACGGGAGGCUGGUCUGCGGAGCAACGCUCAUCGACACCUGCUGGGUCCUCACUUCGGCACAUUGCUUCAAAAGGUACGGAAACAGCACCAAGCUGUACAAAGUGAGAGUGGGCGACUACCACUCCCUCGUCCCCGAGGAGUACGAAGAGGAGUACGGCGUUGAGCAAAUCGUCCUGCAUCCGAGCUACCACUCCCACAGCAACGACUACGACCUGGCCUUGGUUCAACUGUCGCCGGGGGCAGUGGGCCAGGCGCCGGGGGAGUGCGUGUCGUUCAGCCGCCACGUCCUCCCCGCCUGUCUGCCCAUGAGGAAGGAGAGGGUUCUCAAACAAGCCAGCAACUGUCACAUCACUGGCUGGGGUGACACAGGCCGCUCUUACUCCAAGACCCUGCAGCAGGCCCCCCUGUCCCUGCUUCCCCGUCGCCACUGCCAGCAGCACUUCCACGACGCCUUCACGAGCCGCAUGCUCUGCGCCGGCAGCCUCCGCUCGGAGCAGCGCGUGGACAGUUGCCGCGGGGACAGCGGAGGCCCGCUGGUGUGCGAGCGGCCGGGAGGGGGCUGGGUGGUUUACGGGGUUACGUCCUGGGGUCACGCCUGCAGGACGCAGCAGUCCCCCGGCGUCUACACCAAAGUCUCGGCCUUCAGCUCCUGGAUACGGAAGGUGAUCGGGCGAGAUGGGAGAAAGCGAUGAAAGGUGAAUAACAAACUGAAACCUCUCCGUCAGAGAGGACUCGAUCUGUCACGAUCACCUUUUGACCUGAUUAUCCAGUGAUGUAAGUUGUAACCUUGGCGUUGAGAUCACGCGGACAAAAAGACAGUGCUGGACGUUUCUACUCCUGGAAAUGUUGUAUAUUUUCACGGAGAGCGGAAGGCGAGUCUCUUCUCUCAUCUAAGCCAUUAGCACUUAUUUUAACGAUAUAAUAAUCCGAGGAGACACUCGUGGACAUGCCGUAACUUAAACCUCUUUGUUGUUGUGACUUUACAAGCUACUCAAAUAAGAAAAGAACACAACAAAAUAACCUUCCUGUGUUUGCUUUUGUUAUGAAAUUACAGCAUUAUUUAUGAUGUGAAAUAUGAGGGACCACAGUAUUAAAGCUAACAUACAGUAUACACGCAUGCACUCAUGCACUGUUAAGUAAAUGGCAUGAUAUGAAUAUGCACACUUGCACUAAGAACUCCCGUUUGGUACUUAAUGCAUGAUAUUCAUUGCUUCUGUGUUAAACCUCACAGUCAUAUUGACAUUUGCCAAAGUGAAAUAUGUCUUUAAACCUCAUUUCAUUCUCAUUUUUUUUUUGUAAACUUUCUCUGUUUUUUGUUUUACCUCGUGUAUAAAGCAGAGUUCUGGUCUUAUAAGUUCUCAGGCUUUCAUAAUUUAUAUCCACUCAGUUUUUUUUUCUGAAUCAAAGCACAAAACAUUGUUUCGGAGUGUUAAUUCAAGUUCUCUUUUAUCCUGGUGUGACUAUUCGUCAAGUCAUCGACUGACGAGACACUUAUCUGAUACACUUGAAAGAAAUGGGAACUACACUGCCUUCUCAUUUGGUGUUUACUGACUAUCUGUUGUGUUGUAAUUUACUGUAACAUUUCUGCAUAAAUUAAACUUUUGUAAAAAAAAAAAAA